AUGCAUUUACUACAUAUGAGUGUUGAUAAUAAUAUAUCAAAUGAUGAAUUUAACAAGCUGAUAGGAGGUUUUGUGGAAAACUUUAAAGGUAUUUUAAUGUUAAGUGAGCUGUUUGGUCAAGUGAUAUCCAAAUGUGAUGAGGCUGGUGUUAUUAAUUUGUACAACAACGAAGACCUGCAAAACACCAAAACAUACUGGGUUGCAUACAAAAAAUCUGGAACUAGGAUUGUUUAUUACGACAGAUAUGGGCAUCGACCACCACAAGAAUUAUUGAUAUAUUUCAACUUCAAUGGAUCCGUUUAUUUUGCUUAUGCAGGUGUUCCAUAUCAAGAGGAAGUUGAUUCAUCUGGUACAGAGUUAUGUAUACAUUUUUUUGCGUUUGUUGACGAUAUGGGUGAUGAUGAUAUUUAUUAUUCCGAUGAUAAUGAUGAUGAUUGUAAUAAUGUUAUUGAUCAAUAA